AUGGCGCAACUGCAGCGCAUGGAUGCUCGCCUCGAUACACUCUCUAUGGAGUUGCAUCAGGUAAACGUUCGUGUCGGUCAUAUUGUACGACGACAGGCGUCCAUGGGUGGUUUUGCUCCUGAGGCUACUCCUUCACCACCUUCUCCCAUGGCUUCUGCUUCUGAUGAUGAUGGUGAUGAUGAUGAUGUUUCGGAUGAUACUGAUGGAGAUGUGGAGUGUUCAUAUAUUGAAGAGUUCAGAGAUUCUGAAGCGGAGAAGGUUUUUGCUGUAAAUUCAUCUACUGGGAUUGUAGAGUCCAGUUUCAAAGGUGUUGUACUAGAUCUUAAACUUCUCUUUCUUAUAGUGAAUUGCUUUUUGGGAAGUGUGCGAGUAUUCUUCCCUGUCGGAGUGCACAAAGAGAUGGAGAAAUUGUCAGCAAUGUGGGGGAAAUUUUCGUUGUCAGAGAGUGAGGAGAAUAAGUUUCAAGUGCAAGAUGAUUUAUUAGGUGAGGAGUUUCUUUUGGCGGCACGAUUCUUCACUGUGAGAGCGAUCAAUGUAGAGGUUAUAGGUAGAACCCUCAAGCUUCUAUGGAGAACAAAGAAAGGUUUUGAAGUUAGAGAUAUGGGAAACCAUAGGGUCUUAUUCAUCUUCUCGGAUGAGACGGAUUUAGAUUGGGUUAUGAAGGGUGAACCGUGGUCGUUUGAUAAGCAUUUGAUUGCUCUGAAGCGAGUUGAGAAAUCUGUGAACAUUCAGGAGGUGACCUUCGAUAGCACAAGGUUUUGGAUCCAAAUCCAUGAUCUUCCGAUUCGGAGUUCGUCGGUGAUCGUAGCAAAAAAAAUUGUGUCUCUGGCCGGGGUGGUGGAUGAAGGAGAAACUGAAGUGGAGGAUCCUGAAAACUACAAUUUCGUGCGAGUUCGGGUAGCGGUUGAUAUUACAAAACCCUUGUGCCGGGGAAGAAGGAUCUCUACAGCCAGUGGUAGGGAGGGCUGGGUGAAUUUCAAAUACGAACGGCUCCCGAACAUUUGCUAUGGCUGUGGACGGCUUACACAUAGUGAUAGGGAAUGUUUGGCCUGGACAAAGAACAAAGAGCUCUUGAGCAUGGAAGUCCGGCAGUUUGGACCAUGGCUGAGAGCUUUAACCCCACACCCUUUUAAGAAGAGCGUGAUCCGAGUUGAAGGUUAUGAAGAGGAUAGUACUCCAGUUGCUAACUCUGACAGGUCGGAUGCUUCCGUGGAAAAACAGAGGGACAUAGCGAGAUCCAGUGAUACUCAUAUAGAGGAAACUGGGCAGCACGGCGGUGAAAGGGAGGAGGUGGACAGAGAGGCCGAGAGUUUGGGCCCUACGGUGGUGCAAUGGACAGAUUUGGCAAGCACGGAAAUUACGGAGGUAACGGAUCAUAUUAAUGAAGUUAUUAAUGAGAUUAAUCGUAGUGCAGAUUUUCAGGCGCAGUUAGAGGAGAUUGAUAGUGAGCUGGCAAGAUACGAUAACAAGGAUCCGUUGCAUGGGCAUGUAGCUGAAAGUCAGGAUGUGGAUUUGCAUGGGCCUAAGUUAAUGGGCCAGCACAGCUCAGGGAAAACAUAUGGGCCAAGCUUAAAUGAUAAGGGGGAUGGCCACACAGGAAGAUGGUGUGCAUGGGAAGAAAAAGAAAACAGAGGAGAUAUAUGCAGAAGCGGUGGAGGCUGGUUCCCAGCCCCGCCGAGCACAAUGAAAACCUUAGUUUGGAACUGCCGGGGGCUUGGGAACCGCCGCGCAGUGAAUGAGCUUGGCGAACUUAUACAAGCUAAAGAUCCCGUAAUCGUGUUUCUCUCGGAGACACGGUCAAGAAAGACACAAAUGACACGGAUUAGAAAUAGAUUGGAGUUUGUGGGUUUAUUUGUUGUACCAUGCGAUGAUCAAGGAGGAGGAGGACUAGCCUUAUUAUGGAAGAAUAAUGUGACUGUAUGGGUGGACAGCUUCUCUAAGUACCAUAUUGAUGCCAUUGUGAACGGUGGGUCGGAAAACGCGUGGAGGUUGACAGGCUUCUACGGGGAGCCUGAAACAAGUCGACGGCAAGAAGGUUGGGCUAUGCUCCGUAUGCUCAGCUCAAAGCCAAAACUCCCUUGGUGUUGUAUUGGAGAUUUUAAUGAGCUUCUUGAGGUGAGUGAUAAACGCGGUGGAGUGCCUCGUUCCCAUACGCAAAUGCAGUCAUUCCGGGAUGCUCUGGACAGUUGUGGCUUCGUGGACUUGGGUUUCUCAGGGCCUGAUUUCACUUGGCAUGGACGUAGGAGAGGAGAACUGAUUUGGAAAAGGCUGGAUCGUGGAGUUGCGAACUAUGAAUGGAUGGCCAGGUUUCCCACAGGUAGAGUGCAGCACUUACAUUGUUACACAUCGGAUCAUAGACCGCUUUUGCUCUCUCUAGACUCAAAUGGAGAACGGCAGAGGUGGUGGAGGAAACCUUUUCGCUUUGAAUCGAUGUGGGUGUCAAAUCCGGGUUGCAAAGUCACGGUUGCAGAGGCUUGGGCUGGUCCACAGAGACGGACACCUAUGCUAACUGUUACUACUAAAAUAAAAGAAUGCAAGAAGCAGCUAAAGAGGUGGAGUAAAGAAACUUUUGGGAAUGUAAAGGAACAAAUAAAGGUAGUAAAAGAGAAGUUGUGGGUGGCAGAGGGUGAAUCUGUGCAAAGUGGUGACCAAGGGACAGUUGAAAAUCUCAAGGCAGAAUUGCAUGACUUGCUGGAGAAAGAAGAAAAAAUGUGGCAUCAACGUUCAAGGGUACAAUGGCUUCAAUGUGGUGAUCAGAACACAAGGUUUUUUCAUGGGGCAGCCACAUGUAGGAAGAGACAAAAUUUUAUCAAAGGGCUCAGAGAUGACAAUGAAGUUUGGCACAGUGAUGAGCAGAGAUUUUCGGGUUUGCUCAUAGAUUUCUAUGAAAAGCUUUUCAAGUCAUCAAAUCCUCAAAAUAUGGACCGAGUAGUGGAUGGGGUACAGAAGAUGGUGACUGAUUCCAUGAAUGCAGAUUUGGCAAAACCAUAUUCCGCAGAUGAGGUGGAAAGGGCGAUAAAGGACAUGGCACCCUCAAAAGCUCCAGGGCCAGAUGGGAUGCCCCCAUUGUUCUAUCAAACCUACUGGUCAGAUGUUGGUAUGGAUGUUACUCAGGCUGUAUUAUCUUGCUUAAAUUCUGGGUCUUUUUUGAACUCUAUAAACCACACUUUUAUAACUUUAAUUCCCAAAGUUAAAAAUCCGGAAAAAGUGACAGAAUUUAGACCGAUUAGUUUGUGUAAUGUGCUGUAUAAGAUUGUUAGCAAGGUGAUUGCAAAUCGCUUGAAGCCUUUGCUUGACUCUAUUAUUUCUGAUACACAGAGUGCUUUUAUAGCUGAUCGGCUUAUCACUGAUAAUGUUCUCAUUGCCUUUGAGUCUCUGCAUCAUAUGAAAAAUAAUUGUACAGGGAAGACUGGAUUUAUGGCCCUAAAGUUAGACAUGAGCAAAGCCUACGAUAGAGUGGAGUGGUCUUUCCUUGAGAAAGUAUUGCUGAAGUUGGGUUUUCAGGAGUCAUGGGUGAGGUUGAUUAUGGAGUGCAUCACCACGGUAACUUAUUCGAUUCUGGUGAAUGGGGAACCAAAAGGCUUGAUAACCCCGUCAAGGGGUUUAAGGCAAGGGGACCCUCUCUCACCAUAUCUUUUUCUGUUCUGUGCGGAAGGCCUACAUGCUAUUUUUCAGAAGGCAGCGGUGGAGGGAGAUAUACAAGGCUUUUCUAUCUGCAGAAAUGGGCCAAAAUUAACCCACUUAUUUUUUGCAGAUGAUUGUCUAUUGUUUUGUAGGUCAACCUUGGACGAGUGUGAGAAAAUUAAGCAGUUAUUGACAUGCUAUGAGGAAGCCUCGGGCCAAAUGGUGAACACAGAUAAAACUACUUUGUUCUUUAGCAAAAAUACCGAUGUGCAUGUACAAGAAGCAAUAAAAAGUUCUCUUGGUGUUCCUGCAAUCCACCACUACGAGAAAUAUCUGGGCUUGCCCUCUUUUAUCGGAAGAAAUAAGAAGGCUUGCUUUACACAAAUCAAGGAACGGAUUUGGGCCAAGAUGCAAGGUUGGAAGGAGAAGUUGCUUUCACAAGCCGGGAAGGAGAUCAUGAUAAAGGCCGUUGUCCAAUCUAUACCCACUUAUUCUAUGAGUGUUUUCAAGUUACCAAUGGGUUUAUGUAAGGAUAUUGAAGCUAUGAUACGUAAGUUUUGGUGGGGCCAUGGUGAAAAUAGGAAGAUACAUUGGAUUAAUUGGAGUACUUUGUGUGACUCUAAGGCUGUAGGAGGUUUGGGUUUCCGGGAUAUUCAAAGAUUUAAUAAUGCUAUGUUGGCUAAGCAAGUUUGGCGUCUCUUCCACCAAAGAGAUACUUUGUUGUUCCGAGUUUUUAGUGCUAAAUAUUUCCCUAAUGGUAACAUCUUGGAUGCUCCUAUUCACCCAAAAUGUUCCUACGCGUGGAAAAGUAUCUUGCAAGCACGAGAAGUCAUCCAACAAGGGGCGGUAUGGCGAGUGGGGAAUGGUCAGCUGAUCGACAUAUGGAACCACAGGUGGCUGUCCGAACAUACUCAGGGGCGGAUUAUGUCUCCUAGACUGGAUGCUAACCUCAAUAAGGUUAGUGACUUGCUAUUGCAUAAUCCCAGACAGUGGAAUAUGGACCUCAUUGAUACAAUGUUUUAUUCUUGGGAAGCUCAUGAGAUCAAACGGAUUUAUGUUAGUGAAGACUUGGGUGAAGACAAACUCAUUUGGCCCCUAACUCCAAGCGGUGCUUAUUCGGUUAAAAGUGCGUACCACAUGUUAUCAAAUGCAGAUUUGCAAACCAAAGCAAGUUCGUCAUCUUCAGAGGGAGCAAAAGAGGUGUGGAAAGGAAUUUGGCGUAUCCGUGCACCAAAUCGGGUUCGUCAUUUCAUGUGGAGAGCUGUAAAGGAUUCGCUUCCGACAAAGAUGAAUCUGUGCCGACGACAUGUAUUGGGAGAUGCUAUCUGCCCUCUCUGUGCAGAAGCUCAGGAAUCUGUUAUUCAUAGCCUGUGGUACUGUGAGCAAGCCCAAGCAGUGUGGCGGUCAGUAAGAUGCUUUGCGACACUAUACGAGAAACAACACAGAUCACUCAUGGACCUGUUUGAGUGCGUGUUGCAGCUGAAAUCAAGUUUCAAUGUUGCCUGGUUUGCAACUAUCGCGUGGAGUCUAUGGAAACGACGAAACUGUUUGAGGGAAUGUCAGCCUACGUGGCCAUUGCUGGAUGUUGGUCGACGUGCGUGCAACAUGGUGGAAGAGUUUUUUGAAGUGCAGAACAAAGCACUGAAACAGGACAUCAUUCAUCACCCAGUUAAGUGGACACCACCGCCGGAACCUGUUUACAAGGCAAACUUUGAUGCGGCCAUGUUUGAGGAUGUGGGUCUAGCUGGGUUGGGUGUGGUGUUUCGGGACUCAGGUGGCAAUGUUAUCGCCGCUUUAAGUGAGAAGAUAAAAAAACCACAAUCGGUGGAGCUCGCGGAAGCUCUGGCAGCCAGGCGGGCGGUCAGUCUCGCAACUGAUCUGAGCAUAUUCAAGGUCAUAGUUGAGGGGGACUGCAUGCGUGUAAUUCAGGCCUUGAACGGACAGGGCAGCUGCCUUACUAUGUUUGGUCAUGUGGUAGAGGAGACGCGACGACUGGGUUUGUGUUUGGAGCUCUGUAGUUUUUAUCAUGUAAAGAGGGAAGGGAAUAAGUUAGCCCAUUCCCUGGCCCGUAGAGCAGUUUUAUCUGCAGAUGUGGAUGUUUGGGUGGAAGAACUACCCGAGGACCUGGAUGCUGUAUUCCAGGGUGAUUUUGUGAUGUAAUUCUGUCAACAGUCUUUCUUUAUUUAAUAAAGCCUCUCUUACCUUUUUCUCAAAAAAAA